GGUAAAAUUGGUCACUUUAUUGUUCAGCUGCUCAAUGCAAAUAUCAACCAAUCACAUGGCAACAACUCAGCAUUUUCAGGCAUUAGACAUGCUCAAGACAACCUGCUGAAAUUCAAACUGAACAUGAGAAUGAAAAAAGAUGUGUAAUUGUCUUUGAACUUUCAUGGUUAAUGUGGCAGAGAGAACGGUCAGAAUCAUUCAGAAGCUCCUGAUCUACUGAGAUUUCCUCCAUAACCAUCUCUAGGGUUACAGAAAAUGAUCCAACAAUGAUAAAAUAUCCAGCAGCAGUUCUCUGAGUGGAAAUGCCUUAGAGGAGGUCAUAGGAGAAUGGCCAGACUGAUAGGACUGCAGCAGUAACUCAAAUAACCAUUGAAUACAACAAAGGUAUUGUUGUAAGGAAAUCCACACAUCUGAACGUCCACACAAAUCUCUCUCUCUCUCUCUCUCUCUCUUUCAACUCAGGGUAGGCUCACCACACAUCAGGGAAAGGGUAUCCAGGAAAUCUGUGCACAGGAAACACACGUUUUGUCUGACUGACAGAGGAAACUCCCACAAAUAAGAGGAAUCUUUUCUGCUUCUAUCAUCAGUCAAUUCACCUCUCAUCAUGGCUAUAGUCCUCCACUUCAACCCUCUGCUGUGGACACGGCUGGCAGCCCUGGCUUUCUCCUGUGUGGCAUUCUCCGUGGCUGUGCAUGGUGCCAGGACCAUCCCCGGCACUGGAGACUGGUGCAUCUUCUGCUGGGGCUUCAGCUUUGCCAGCACUCUGCUCGUGAUUCUGGUGGAGCUCUUCGGCCUGCAGACGAAAGUCCCUGUUUCCUGGAAGAACCUCCCUAUCACCUUUGCCUGCUACGCUGCCCUACUCUGUUUGUCCGCCUCUAUCAUCUUCCCACUCUACUUCCUCAAAGGUUCCAUGGGCCCCAAUACGAUCCGCGACUACAGCAUCAUGGCAGCCGUCUUCUCCUGCUUGGCUACCAUUGCUUACAUAAGUGAGGUGAGCAUCAGCAAGGCACGUCCGGGCGAGGUGGCCGGCUACAUGACCACAGGACCUGGACUAUUGAAAGUCUGUGAGACCUUCGUGGCCUGCGUCAUCUUUGUCUUUGUGACUGAUCCUGUGUUGUACAACGAUCACAAUGCACUGAAGUACUGCAUGGCUGUCUACUGCAUCUGCUUCAUCCUGUCAGCGGCCAUCAUCCUGCUCUGUAUAGGCGAGUGUACUGGGUGCUUGCCUUUCCCAUUCCCCCGGUUCCUGUCAGCCUACGCCAUGCUGGCCGUGGUCCUCUACCUGUUAGCAACCAUCAUCUGGCCUAUCUUCAACUUUGACCCCAGGCACCGUGGGAAUAAAAACAGGCCAUACAGCUGCAGCACACAACUGGGGUUGUGUUCGUGGGAUAAGGGCAUGACAGUGGCUGUACUCACUGGUGUCAACUUUAUCCUCUACCUGGCAGACCUGAUCUACUCCACCCGCCUGGUAUUUGAGAAACAAGAAGUAAAGGUAGCAGUAUGCUCCAAAUAAAACUGAAUUUGGUUACUUUGUCUAUGGAACUGCUGUCUCUUAUACUGCUG